UGUGCACAGGGGAGGAGGGCACCAAUCCUCCCAAACUCCUACACAAGCGUCUCCAACACCUAAUCAUUAAAACACACACACCACAUCUCCACGGAAACUGAACUUACACACAGUAUUGCGUCCUUCACAACCUCGGAGCAUCGGCCUUGAACAUCAUUACACACAGCGCGUUUCCCCGUGGAAUGAGCGUUCCAUGCAGCAUCCUAGGUAUGAAUGACGUGGCCUGGCAGGAGACGCGAGGCGGGAUGCUGCACACAAACGGUGCACCAGAGGCCGGAGUGGUCCGAGUCCACGCAGGAGGCUCUUUAGCCACUGUAGGAGGUGCUGGGCAGGGGCCUGGAGGUGCACACCCUUUGCCAGGGAUGGAUCGUGGGGCCAAUCCGAACCCCGGCACCCCUCAGCCUCCCCUUAGUGGCCGUUCCCAAGAUGAUGCCACCGUGGGCUAUUUCUUUCAAAGGCAACCUGGGGAGCAGCUUGGCGGAUGCACUACUAGCAAACACCGCUGGCCUACUGGGGACGGAAACCAUGUUGACCAGGUACGCACGGUGGAUGAUAUGAAUUAUGAUUUUCAAGCCUUGGCUCUGGAGUCUCGUGGAAUGGGCGAGCUACUUCCGGCAAAAAAAUUGUGGGAAUCAGAUGAAUUGGCAAAGGAUGGCCGUAAAGGGAUGAUGCUGGGUGAGGAAUGGAGAGACAAUGCCUGGGGUUCUUCCCAUCAUUCAGUAUCUCAGCCUAUUAUGGUGCAGAGGAGACCAGGCCAGGGCUACAAUGGUAACGGAGAUGCAAGUUCAGUGCUUUCCCCACGCUCAGAGGGGGGUGGUCUGGGUGUGAGUAUGGUGGAGUACGUUCUGAGCUCUUCUCCUGGAGACAAGAUGGAUGAUCGCUACAGAAACGGAGGCUAUGGUGGUGGAGACACAGAUGCAGAUGGCAGGGAAAAGGGUGAUCCGACAGAAAUUGCUUCUACAUUCGAGGAAGACAAAAGCCCCGAGAUGAUGAAGCUCGGAGAAGAAGGGGACACCUCUAAAGGCAAUGCUAGAGGAUUACUGAAUGGAAUGGACCGUGACUGCAAAGACUUUAUCCAUACCCCAGGCAGCCGGCAGGAGUCGCCCACAGAAGCAGUGGAACGAUUAGGUCCUAGUCAGUCUGGAUUGGAAAUGAUGGGGCAGCACCACCCGCAUGUUCUGCAGCCACCCAACCCUAUGGCAAACAAACCUCCCACCGAGGACUUCCAAAACCAGGAACACCAGAGCAUGGGCGGCAUGGAGCAGCAGACAGGCAUGGAAUCACUCCAGUUUGAUUAUGCUGGGAACCAAAUUCAGGUGGACUCAUCUGAUGCUACAGUUGGCCUGUUUGACUACACCUCCCAACAGCAGUUGUUCCAGAGGUCCGGUCAUCUCACCGUUCAGCAGCUGACAGCAGCGCAGCAACAGCAGUACGCUCUCGCUGCGGCCCAACAGCAGCAUCUUGGCCUUGCACCUGCAUUUGUGCCAAACCCUUACAUCAUCAACGCUGCCCCUCCUGGAGCGGACCCGUACGCCAGCCUGGCAGCAGCUGCAACGCUUGCAGGUCCAGCAGUGGUCCCUCCACAGUACUAUGGCGUCCCAUGGGGCGUGUAUCCAGCCAACCUUUUCCAGCAACAGGCUGCAGCUGCUGCUGCCGCCAAUCAUUCUGCCAACCAGCAGGCGUCCAAUCAAGGCCCAGGGCCGGGACAACAGGUGAUGCGUGCAGGGAACAACCAGCGACCUCUGACCCCUGGCCAGAGCCAGCAGAGUCAGCAGGAAUCCCUUGCUGCAGCCGCAGCCAAUCCAGCACUGGCGUUCACUGGCAUGCCAGGUUAUCAAGUUUUGGCACAAACAGCGUAUUUCGAUCCAACAGGAGCACUUGUAAUGGGUCCUGGGGCUCGCACUGGCCUGGGUGGACCUGUCCGACUGGUCCAGACCCCACUUCUCAUCAAUCCAGCAGCUGCACAGGCUGCCGCAGCUGCGUCUGCCUCAGGCUCUGGGAACAGCAUGUCCGGUCCUGCUAACGGCCUGUACCGCUCCAUGGGCUGCCAACAGCCCCAGCAGCCUCAACCUCAGCAGCAGCCGCCACAGUCCAGCGGCCUGCCCUCCAGCUCUUUCUACGGUUCUGGCUCGGUGGCACCCAGCUCCCAGAGCAGCUCGCUCUUCUCCCACACAAGCGCGGCACCUCCACCCAGCAGCUCUCUGGGCUUCAGCGGUACCAGCGGAUCUCUGGGCGUGGGGCUCGGCUCUGCUCUCGGUGCCUUCGGCUCCUCAGUGUCAAGUUCCACCAGCAGCAGCGCGACUCGCCGGGACUCGCUUUUGGCCAGCUCUGACCUGUACAAGCGUGGAGGUGGCAGCAGUUUGACUCCCAUCGGCCAACCUUUCUACAACAGCCUAGGAUACUCCUCGCCCAGCCCUAUCGGCCUGACACCUGGUCACUCACCUCUUACACCUCCACCAUCUCUGCCUUCUUCCCAUGGGUCCUCAUCUAGCCUCCACUUGGGUGGUUUGCCCAAUGGUAGCGGCCGUUUUAUUUCUGCUGCCCCAGGAGCGGAAGCCAAAUACAGGAGCUCGGGCAGCACCUCCAGUCUGUUCAGCUCCAGCAGUCAGCUUUUCCCCCCACCACGAGCCCGUUACAGCCGCUCGGACGUCAUGCCUUCAGGACGCAGCCGCUUGCUGGAGGACUUUCGCAACAAUCGCUUCCCAAACCUGCAGCUUCGAGACCUGCCUGGACACAUGGUGGAGUUCUCGCAAGACCAGCACGGCUCCAGGUUUAUCCAGCAGAAGUUGGAGCGUGCUACACCCGCAGAGAGGCAGAUGGUGUUCGGGGAGAUCUUGCAGGCUGCGUACCAGCUCAUGACUGACGUUUUUGGGAACUAUGUGAUCCAGAAGUUCUUUGAGUUUGGUAGUGCGGAUCAGAAACUCGCUCUGGCGACUCGUAUCCGCGGCCAUGUUUUGCCACUGGCUUUGCAAAUGUAUGGCUGUCGAGUGAUCCAGAAAGCUCUGGAAUCCAUCUCCUCCGACCAGCAGGUAAUUAGCGACAUCGUGCGGGAAUUGGACGGCCAUGUGCUUAAGUGUGUGAAGGAUCAGAAUGGGAAUCAUGUGGUGCAGAAAUGUAUCGAGUGUGUCCAACCCCAGGCUCUUCAGUUCAUCAUUGACGCCUUCCAGGGCCAGGUGUUUGUUUUGUCCACUCACCCGUAUGGCUGCAGGGUGAUCCAGCGUAUCUUGGAGCACUGCACCCAGGAGCAGACCCUGCCCAUCCUGGAAGAACUUCAUCAGCACUCGGAGCAACUGGGACAGAAGUAUCAAGGCGUUUCAUUGGAGAUGACCCCCAAAACAUAUUAUACAGUGUCCAGCGAUGCACUGUUCAAGGAUCAGUAUGGUAACUAUGUGAUUCAGCAUGUUUUGGAGCACGGGCGUCCCGAAGACAAGAGCAAGAUCGUGGCAGAGGUCAGGGGGAAGGUUCUGGCUCUGAGUCAGCAUAAAUUCGCAAGUAAUGUUGUAGAGAAGUGCGUGAUUCAUUCAUCUCGUGCGGAGAGGGCCCUGCUUAUAGAUGAGGUCUGCUGUCAGAAGGACGGCCCCCACAGCGCCCUCUACACCAUGAUGAAGGACCAGUACGCCAAUUACGUGGUGCAGAGAAUGAUUGACAUGGCAGAGCCAGCCCAGCGCAAAAUCAUCAUGCACAAGAUUCGGCCCCACAUCGCCACUCUUCGCAAAUACACGUACGGAAAACACAUCCUGGCCAAGCUGGAGAAGUACUACAUGAAGAGCGGCUCAGACCUGGGGCCUAUCGGGGGCCCCACCAACGGCCUCAUGUAGGGGGCUCACACCCCACCCUCACCCCCUUUCCCCUCAAAUCACGUCUGUUAUGGGCAUCUCCUCUCCACCGCGGAGUUCUCCGUCACCCUAUAGGGGUUUUACCAAAUAAAAAGUGAGGUGGGCUUCACCUAAGAAUGCUGUGACGUCUGACCGUGCCCUUUUGCCGUUCCUGGCGCAGUCGCCAGUGUCCCCCCACCGGAGAGAGUGCAUGGUCUAGAAGCUGUUUUCUGGGUAAAGCACAACACUCUUGUUUAUGAUGUAACUGACUGUUUACUUUUUCUUUUCUAGUAAAUAUCUUGUACAUUUUUUUUACCUUGUAAAUUCUCUGUAGAAAAGGAGACGUUUGCUGAAAACGUACAAAUUCUUACAAUUUACACCAGCAAGUGACUUCAUAAGGCCAAACUGGGUGAUCCUUUUUAAUCGUCUUUCCUUUCUCUUGCGUUUUUUUAGCCAGAAUUCUUAACGGCAGCGUGGCACAUUCAAGGCCCGUUUUAAGACGACGGUGCACAUGCCAAAGCUGCCGAUGAAAUGAACCAGUCAGCCGAUCUCAAAGAAACUUACUCGUAGGCGACCGCUCUUGAGUUGGCUUUAAGAGUUCCAAUUAAAGAGCUUCGGUGGUGGUUUGGUGUGCCGGCAGUCUCGUUCGUUCCCUCCCUCAUGUGUGCUCCAUCUUUAGUGCUUGUUUUCUUAACUGACCCAACUUGGAGUAGAGCGCAUUUGAGCGGUUGCGAUACUAAAUGUCCCACCGUGACCAUUUCUGACCAAUGACCAAGAUCUCGUCUUGGUUCGCUUUUGCCGUUUCGAAGGACGUCUGGAUUUAAAUCAGAGGAGGACAGCUACCAGUUGUACCGUGAUGGAAACCUGGAAUUCAUUUUUCCGUUCGGGUGGGGGCAGGUACGUGAGGUUCGGGAGGGGGGGCCGGGUAGGGGUAUGGCAUGCCGCGUCUGGAUUUAAUGUUUAGUGGAAUGAUUUUUCUUUGUCAUCAUGUUUGUGAAACAUCUAUCCGUCGAGUUGUUUUUAAACACUGCCUUAGAAACGGUAUGGUUAUGUACUGAUUAUCAUCUCUUUACAUUGUAAUAGCUUAGGCGAAAUGUAUAGCAUCUUUAUGUACAAGUAAAUAUGAAAUUGUUGCUCUUUUUCGGGUGGGGGUGGAAGGGGGGCAGCGCUUGAGUUUUAGACGGCAUUCAGAUGCCGAGAUGGGCAGGCGACAACCUCGUCCGCGGUGCCAUCCCAGGACUUUUAGCUUUGGAUUAGCUUUUUUUUUUAAACGCGAGACGAGAACGAAAAUGCGUGGGAUGAGAUCGGACGUGGCGCUGCCGUCUUCUGCCACACAACUUUUCUGUAUGGCUAGUAUAUUAAUGGCUUUUGUUCUUUUGCUUCAUAUGAAUAAAUGUAGAAUACAUGUAGUAUAUGUGGAGUUAUUAAGUGUAAGUUUAUUAGUUGAAUAGAAGAAAAAAAGUAUCUAGUUGUGAUGUUGGACAGGCCUUGCUAAAUCGCGUAGUGAUUGCUUUUAUUUUGUCUGUACAGUUGUACAUUUGUAAACGUUAACGCUGUAAAUGGAAUGUCUUUUACACUUUUUGGGGAAGAAAAAAAUGAGCAAAAAUGUGCAUUUUGAUGUGUGAAUAUUCAUCACUCCUUUCCCCUCGAAUAUAAUGUAUACAGUUUUCUUUGAACAAGCGUUAUUUUAAGGAUGAAAAUCUUUUUAUGGCCUCACAAUCUCAAGGCGGUUUUGUUUUAAUCCGUUCUCGGAAAAGGUCUGCCUCAUGAUGUACCUGGAGCAGCGACACCUUCUGUCGACAUUUUCAUUUUGACGUGUGGCAGUUGAGUAAAAUAAUCGAAAUUCGUUGAUAAAAAAGCUGUCUUUGGUCCUACCUGCUACCGUGGAAAUAUCACACACGACAAGAAUUAUUUUUGUAUAAAGGAGUGCUGUAUUUUGGAACAGCCACUAACUUGUAAGUGAAAUAAUUGUAAGAUAUUGUCAAUUAUAUAAAUAUGAACAUAUGAGUUUUGUCACACUGUCAAAGUCAUGUACAUUUUCAGGUGGCCUUAUGUACAUUUCCAGAUGUUAGACGAGGAGAAAAUAACUCAUUUUUUUGGAAGCAGAAUUGUGACUAUGUAUGAUUAAACUGUUCUUCUAACAUUUGA